AUGUUAUUACGACUUUUCUCCCAACGUUCACUGUUAGGCAUCGUCCUUGCCAUUGGCAUCCUCAUUCUGUUGGCUUCCUUUCGAUUUCCCGAGUAUCUCCAUACUACCAACAGUCCCUUGCCCCUGGUGACACUGACGCCGACACCUGCACCUCCGGCACAAUUGUAUCCGUACUGUGAUGAUACCUUCUCCAAUUUCGAAGAUAUCCUGGUAGUCGUCAAGACUGGCGCAAAUGAGAUCCACGACAAGCUCCCCACCCAGCUCUUGACCGGACUCCGUUGCUAUCAAGACAUCCUCAUCUUCUCCGAUCUCGAACAACGCAUCGGCCCAUUUGUGGUUCAUGAUGCAUUGAAAAACGUUUCAGACACGGUCAAAACCCAGAAUCCCCACUUCGAUUACUAUCGCACCCUGCAAGACUACAAGAAAAAUGGACAAGAUAUUACCACUCUGAGGCAAAAGAGCGGCAAGGAAGCUUGGGAUUUGGACAAGUACAAGUUCCUUCACAUGCUGGAAGACGCAUGGAAUAUGCGACCUCAUCGAAAGUGGUACAUCUUCAUUGAGGCCGAUACCUAUUUAGUCCGCACAAAUCUGUUACUCUGGUUACAACGUCAGGACCCAUCACAACUUCUCUAUCUCGGCUCUCCAACUUAUGUUAACGGCGAAGGCUUUGCGCAUGGAGGUAGCGGCGUGGUGCUAUCCGGAGCCGCCCUGGCCAAAUUUGUCAACGGUGACCCUGGGAUCGCCGCGCGAUAUGACCAGAUGUUGAAAUCUGAAACAUUCGGUGAUUAUGUCCUGAUGAAGGCUCUACGCGACAAAGGAAUAGUAUUCAGCGGUCGCUGGCCUAUGCUCCAAGCUGAGAAGCCAUCAACUAUCCCCUUCGGCCCCGGACCAGACAAUGGAGUGAGGCAUUGGUGCCAACCUAUCGUCACCAUGCACCACAUUACCCCAGAAGAAGCAUGCGAUCUCUGGGAAUUUGAGCAGCAGAGGAAAAACCCUAAGGAACCUCUUCUCCUGAAAGAACUUUACCAGGACAUGAUCAAACCCAAGGUCCAUGCUACGCGUGAAGAUUGGUACAAUCUCUCCGAUGACCUCGUGUAUCGACCGCCAGACGUCAUUGGCGAUCGACAGAAGUCCCGCGAAGAUAUGUCGGCGCUAGAACGUGAGGCGCACCUCUCAUUUGAGCAUUGUGGCCGAGCUUGUGAAGAACAGCCUCGCUGCUUUCAGUACAUGUACUCGGAUCGGGAAUGUAGAUUCUCCUACUCUUAUCGAUUGGGCAGGAAGCAUCAUCCCGAAUCAGGGACGACGUUUAUGUCUGGGUGGAAUUUGGCCAAGAUCGCUCGGGAUCAAGCUGCGAACCAGUGUUCUUCUCCAGGAUGGUUAUGA